CGCCAUUUUGAGUCCAGAUUGAAGCAUUUUUACAGCCCAGGGAUAAAAGCUGCACAUCACAAGUACUGAGGUCAAAGAUCAGACACAACUGCCGCAUCAGAAUGGAGGAUGGCAGUGGUGUUGCUGUCCUUGUGCCUCACUCUAGGGGCCAGCAGGAUGCUGUCUUCAUCCCUGACUCACAUCUCCAUGAUGGCGAGGACCAGCAAAAGCAGGCUGCUGACUCUCUCAUCCAGGUCAUCGAGAAACUAAGCAAGAUUGUAGAUAAGCGACCCCGGCGAUGCACAGUCUCUGGGAAAAAGAGGCCCUCGAUGAACUGUGCUUCAGUACCUGCUCCAGACUGCAGGGAUGGGACUGGUGGGUCUUCAGAUUGUAAGAGACCUAGAGAGCUGAGGCAGGACCACCCCACAUCCAGCUGCACACCUGGGCAUGCAUUCGAGCAGGAGCCUUCAAGUAUAGGCACUCGUUCUGUUACUUGCUACCAGUGCAAUAUGUGCCGAUUUAUUUCACCCACGUUGGAGAUGUUAAAAGAGCAUUUGCUGCAUCAUGAUGAGCAGCAAAGCGACCUCAUCCUCAUGUGCUCAGAGUGCCAGUUUACCUCUAACCAACAAGAGGAGCUAGUGGCACAUGUAAGACUCCACCUGGAAGAGGGGGACCAUGCCAAGAGCAUCAUAGAGGAGCAAAGGUCAGCAUUAGCAAGGAGCAUUCAGCACAGAAUGACCAACAACUUUGAAUCAGAGGACACCACGACACCAAAAAAGUGGUACAGCUUUGAGCAGGGUAGGUACCGUUGUCUCAUCUGCAAAUAUGAAUGCAGACAGCAGCGCAAUUUGAAGACCCACGCAUGGAAGCAUGCUGGCCUUGUUGACUGUUCUUACCCUAUAUUUGAAGAUGAGGCGGACUGUCCUGAUAGCUCCAGCCCUCCUUUGGUUCAAGCAGGAAAGGAGGAUACCAUUGUAGUCCUUGCAGCUGUUGAAGGAAAAUCUCAGAUAGUGCAUGGCUCAAACAGCCUCCAGCUAGAGCUGUGUGCCUCGCCAGAAAUGAAGUGUCAUAGGGAGACUGUCACUGUGAAAACAAUGGAGACCAAAAUGCCUGUGCUGAACCACAUUUUUUCUAUUAAAGAGGAGCCCUUAGUGGAGGUCCAGGUGACACCAGAGGCGCAGAUGGAACUGGAGUUGGAGACAGAUAGCCAGCAGGCAAGCUCCGACAGCCUUCUAUCCUCAGCACAGAAGAUCAUCAGCUCCAGCGGCAACAGUGCCGGCCAUGUCAACGUCAUUGUGGAACGCCUCCCCUGUGCUGAAGAACCAGUGUCAAGCAAGCCUUUGCUCCUCAGUCCAGAGGUGGCAGGAGAUAAGACCAUCCUUGCCUCUGAGGAGCCAGAGGUAGAGAGCCAACACCACCCAAUAUACUUUAAACAACAGGAGGAGGUUGUGAUUGGUUGGAAUGGAGGUGAUCGUCAACAGAAUGAGACACCAUCUUCAGGUUCUCCAUCAGAUGUAAAUGUACCACCAGUUCGGAGGAGGACUUAUUCAGAGUCUCUUCGGCUUCAUUCUUUGGCCGCUGAGGCACUGGUGGCCAUGCCCAUGAGGGCCCCUGAGCUUGGCAAAACUGCCGUCAAAGGCAUCGAUGACCUGAGCAUGCAAAACCCUGACACAGGCCAGAGAAUCUUAGAGAUUGCUAAAACUGCUGCCCCUGCCAACCCUAAGGCAUCCUCAGCAGAGCUCACUGGUGAAAUUGGAGAUCCAGCUACUCUUCUUAACCUUGGCCUCCAGAGUUCAAAAGGUUCGAGAGAUGUGCUGGUUGAGGGACCCUCCAAAGCUGGCAUCAGUAUGUCUCUUUUGACCGUCAUCGAGCGACUGCAAGAGCGCUCCGACCAAAACACUUCUGACGACGACAUUUUAAAGGAGUUGCAGGACAAUGCCCAAAGCCAACAAAGUAGUGGAGUCCUUGGGGGUGUUGUUGGGUCUGGGGAUAUUUCCACUACAGAAGGUCUUGUGGAAUAUAUUGAUGGGAGCGAGAGGCCCUACCGUUGUCGACUGUGCCUUUACAGCAGUGGGAACAAGGGCUACAUCAAGCAGCACCUCCGUGUACAUAGACAGAGACAACCUUACCAGUGCCCCAUCUGUGAGCACAUAGCCUGUGACAGCAAAGACCUGGAGCGUCAUAUGAUCCGCCACUGCAAGACCCGCAUGUACAGCUGCAAACAGUGUGACGAGAGUUUCCACUACAAGAGUCAGCUGAGGAACCACGAGAGAGACCGCCAUGGUAUAAAUUACAUCAGUGGCACGCUGACCCAUGCCGCUGAAAGCACUGUAACCAUGGAGGAAUCACGAAAGAUGACCGAUGAGGAUCCUGUCAGUGAACAGAGCAUUUUCAAAUGUGAUGUAUGCGACUACACCAGUUCCACAUAUGUUGGAGUGCGCAACCAUCGACGAAUCCACAACUCUGAGAAACCAUACAGGUGCUGCAGCUGUGACUUUGCAACAACUAAUAUGAAUAGCCUAAAGUGCCACAUGAAAAGACAUCCACAGGAACACCAAGCAAUGCAGCUGCUGGAGCAAUACAGGUGCUCCCUAUGUGGAUAUGUUUGCAGCCACCCACCAUCUCUCAAAUCCCACAUGUGGAAACAUGCUGGAGAUCAGAAUUACAACUACGAGCAAGUGAACAAAGCCAUCAAUGAGGCCAUUUCACAGAGCAGCCGAUCACCUACUAUGUCUCUGAAGUCAACACCAGAGACUGGAGUGGAACGUCCCUAUAUUGUCUUGAGCAGAAAAGACCAACAGUUAUCUGAGGUGAGUUCUGCUACAGGGGCCACGGGUGCUGCUACAUCAGAGAGGUCAUCCUCCAGCAGGGAGCAGGCUAGCAGGGCCAUGGCAUGGCGGGGCAGCACAGGGCAGGCCGGGGCAGGUAUGGAGUACUGUGUGCUGCUCUUUUGCUGCUGUAUCUGUGGCUUCGAGUCCACUAGUAAAGAGCAGCUGAUGGAGCACAUGAAACAGCAUGAGGGAGAUCUGAUCAACAUCAUACUGAGCAAAGAGCAGCAGGGAAAUCAGCUGACAGAGACCAGGAGCAGCCAGUGAUGCACACGUUUUUAUACAUACUGGUCUUGUAUCUCGUUUCUGCUUGAACAAACAACAUGAACGUGCACAACUAACUUCACUGUCAGAAUUUUUUUUUCUCAUCUCGCUCUAUCUCCUUACUGAUGUCACAGUUAGUUUCUGUUACCUUUGUCAACUAUGGAUAUGUGAUUUCAGAAAUGUGCCGAUUAAAUGGGUAUCAGAUUCCUGCAAAGUAUAGUUUACGUAUCAGUGUGAAUUACGCAAGUGGUUUUGAUUUUCAAUCAUUUUAUUCCUCAUCUGCUCAGAAUAUGCACCAUAGAGUCCAUACAUUAUGAAACAAGGCAGCUUCUCAUAUUCACUGCAUAAUUGUACUUAUUACUUAUUAUAUCUGUAAUAUUAUUUAUGUCUAUAUUACUUGGGUGAGUUUACCUUUAAGUUGACACUUGCCAUGCUAUGCUUGAGCGUAGAGAGGCAAAGUUCCUUCUUGCCCUUUAAUGCGUGUCCGUAUUUGCAUAGAUAUUUAUGAAGAUAAUUUAUUUUUUGUGCAUGUUCCCCCUCCGUUAUGUUCAAACAAAUGAUAUAAUUUGUUUCAAAUUACGGCCUCUAUUUUGGUGCUAUUAGACUUACACUUAGAAAUGAGUGUGAGAGAAGUCAUCAUUGGGAAUGCAUCUUAUAAAAUAUAAACAUAUAUGUAUAUAAACCGUGUAUGAAUUUAACAAGUGAAAAAUUGUCCCAGUAAAAUAAGAAAAUACAUGAAAAAUGCAUCAGAUUUUAUUUUUUAUUUUUUCAUGGAAAAAAAGGGCUUGUAUUUACCAGGCUUUAUUUAGUGGAUUAUAAUUAUUUAAAUCCAUAUCAAGUUAUGACAACAUUAAAAUGCCAGAACUUGAAAUUGUUCUCACAUUUUUACUUAAUUAUCCUUUUUUUUUUAAGGUUAUUGCAUUUGCAGUAUAUGGAUAAAGGGCACACAAGACUGAUGUACAUAUAUACAGUAUGUAUAAAUACAUAUAUAUUAUCAUAAGCUACUGCUGUAAUGGUUAAAAAGCUUUUACAGUUUUACAAAUCAUCUGUGAUGUAUUUUUAUAUAUAUAUAUAUAUAUAUAUAUAUAUAUAUAUAUAUAUAAACAUUGAUAUUUUAGAUGUUUUGCUUGAUCACUACCUCUCACAUUUACUACAAUUUGUUUUUUUUUUUUUACCUUGGCUUUAACCUUAGCCUCCCUCAAUUUGGACUUGAUUUACCAAGGGAUGAUUUGCAUGCACUCAAUGUUUGUAUGUCAGCAGUCUAAAAUGCUAAAUUGGUAUGAUAACACGACAUCCAUAAUUCAUGCAGACUUCACACUGCCUGGUAUAUCAGAGAAAUUUUAGGAAUUAAAUUUAGGAAUUUACAUACCAGAUUAUUAUAUUCUGAGUGUCAAAGAUAUAGUAAUGUGGUCUGCAUAUUAACCUUGCAUUCAUGUGAACGUAACAUUUGAAUGAAAAUAGAUGUGAAUACUUGAUCGUUACCGGUUUUUAUAUUGCUUUCUCAAAUCAAUCCAAUGGAUUGAUACCAAAACGUCCAUUGAUACUUUGUUUCAGAGACCACAUUUAGUUGUUAUUUGCAUAAUACACACUUGUUACUUUCCAAGUCUUGUUAAAAGUACUGUACUACCAUCAAAGAGAGCCUGAGUUUCAGAAGCAUAAUUUUGCGUUCAAGCUACUGCAUUUUAUUUGGUGUUAACUACUGUGAUUUCUUCCAAAUUAAUCAAGAACCUACCAAUUAGUAUUAUCCCUUUUCUUUCCUUUGUCUGAGAGCAGGAAUUGGCAGUCAUCCUGUUCACAUUAUACGCCAGCAAUCUGCUUUAUCUGGAAAUCUAGCUGUGGUUUCCAGAUUUUUUUUUUUUCUAGCACAAUGCAAUAAAUCUGGAUUUAUUAUUUCUUUCUAAAGAUAAACAACAAGUUUGAAGUAAUCAGCACCUUCAUUAGCGGGGCCUAAUGAGAUAAUUGUGUGUCAAUAGAUUUGGUAAUCGUAUAGUUCUAGUAAUGAGGAUAGGCUCUCAGCCACAAGUGUGCCUUACAUUUCAACAGCCUCAUCUUUGAAGGGAUAUUCAGUCUUGUUUAGAAAAAUACUAUUAAUCUUAAGACAAGUAGUGUCCCAGUAAUGAGUGCAUUGGCAUUUCUGAUAAGGCCUUUUUCUGUAUAAUGUGCCCUCAAUAAUUAUGUAAUGUAUUCGGACACAUGGUACUGUAAAAUGGUUUUGUAUGUGACUUGCUGUAUAUAUAUAUAUAUACUGUAGAAUACUGACAUUUUUUAGAUGAAUUCUAUUUUUUAAAACUUGUAUAAACACUACAGAAAAGAAAAAUGAUGCAUCAAAAAUUACCUUUGAUUAGCCAAAGUGUAUCAAUUAAAGACUUUACUGUAUGUAAGGCAAUGGUUGGCAUUUGAAAGUGAAAUCAAGCACAUCUUGUAACAUGCCAUGCCAAAGGAGAGAAGGAACGACUGGGUUUUACAGUUUAAAGGCCUCUCAAUGCUAUUUUCAUUUUCAAGUACAGGGGUCCAAAGGGCCCUGUUUUGAUAUGUGUUCCGUUCGCAAUUAUUUAUUUGUUCUUCUAUAACUGUAAUGUUCUCAUUUUUGCCUGUGUAUUUUUGGUAAUAAAU